GACGUCCCUCGCUGUAGACAGAAGUUUGUUUCUGGUCGGUUCUGUGAGGUAAUAGUUAUAUGAGUGUGGAAUGUCCGUCUGCUAAAACAGACGGUAGUUAUGGCGAUGAUUUAGUUGAAGUUUUAGUGUUUUACCGGACUCUACGUUUCAUCCAGCGGUGAAGCUACAUGGGAUCGUCUCAUCUCGCUCAGACGGUAGCUCUCCGAUCGAAGAGUUGUGUUCAGAAACGGAGGGUCGGGCGGCAGGCUGUGGCAGAUUGAGCAUCAUGCUGUACAAUGCCGAGCUACCCACACGCGGAGUUGUGUCUUUGUCUUACACCAUCAAGUGAGGUGGACUUUGAAAAUCAGGAUGAAUAUUUAAUGGGUUUGUGUAUCAUGCAAUACGUGACCUCCGGAUAACCCACGGAUCCCAUUGGCCGUGAUGGUGGGAACAGUUAUGUUUUAUUAAAAGCUGCAACCAUACAGGUUGAGCAUGUAAGACAGCCUUUCUUGUAGCCGUUGUCAAUGAAUGGAAUGCCUCUGCUUGUAUGGCAGUAGCAGACGACUUGAGCAGAAGCAGACGACUCUACUUCAAGUUCUGUUUGGGGAUCAGUAGCUCCAGAGAUGGCGUGGGGCUACCAAAGAUGCAGAGGGGAGGAGAAAGUUGAAAGCCCUUAUGGCAAAGUAUGAUAAUCACCCAUGCAACUUUAAUCAUGAGUGCGUAUGUUCGAGGAGGCAAGGAUAUUCAGCGUUUCAUAGUGGACGAGGACGAUGUCGGGAACACCCCUCUCAAAGUCCGCAGACAGUCGUUGACUGAUGACGAGGAGAUUGUUCUUAACGUGGGGGGCGUGCGGCACGAAACGCACGCGUCCACCCUGCAGAACGUGCCCAACACGCGCCUGUCACGCCUGGCGGAGAACCACCUGUUGGGUGACGGGAAGGAGGAAUACUUCUUUGACCGCCACCCCGCCGUGUUUAACUCUAUCAUCGACUUCUACAGGACAGGUGAGCUGCACGUGCCCCUGGAGGUGUGUGGAGCUGUGGUGAAGCGCGAGCUGGACUUCUGGCAGAUGAACGAACAUGAAAUCAAAGCCUGCUGUUGGCGCCAUUACCGCUCCUACAUAGAGAACCAGAGGAUCCUUGAUUCGUUUGACACCUCGCUCCAGAAGGAAAGCUUCACUGUCGACCUGGAUCUAUUGUCAGGAUGGAAGUAUUGGCAGACCAAGAUCUGGCUGAUUCUGGACCACCCGAGAACUUCUCUUCUGGCCAUGAUGUACGGCAUCACGUCCUUCCUGUUCGUUGCUCUGUCCAUCGCCGGCUUCUGUCUGGAGACGUUGCCGUCCCUGAGACCGAUGACCAACGUGACGACCAAAUGUGACGGCGUUGACAGCAUAUCCAGCGUUAUCACCUCACACGAGGCUCUCAACAUCAUCGACGUGAUCUGUACCGUCUUCUUUACACUGGAGCUGAUAUUAAGAUUUACGGUAGCUCCGAAUAAACUGAAGUUCGUACGUUCGCCAAUGAACAUAAUUGACCUUCUGGCUUUGAUUCCUCUCUACGUUCAGAUUAUAUUCGAAAAAUCGGAUCAAAAAGCCUGUUACCUCAACGAAAGACUUGUGAUUGAGAUUAUGUUCAUCCUCAGGAUCAUCCGGAUGUUCCGCAUCUUCCAUCUUGUGAAGCAUUACCAGGCGCUGAAGGUGCUGGUGUAUGCACUGAAGGCGAGCCUCCAGGAGUUGAUGAUGCUCUUCAUCUUCCUCAUGAUCGGGAUGCUUGUGUUCGCCACCAUGAUCUACUACACAGAGAGGAAAGACGCCACGAACCCCAGUGACACCUUCAACACAAUUCCCGUCGGCUUCUGGUGGGCCAUCAUCACCAUGACAACAGUAGGAUACGGCGAUAUCUAUCCACGGACUCCAAUCGGAUACAUUGUUGGAACAGCCUGCUCUGUUUGUGGAGUACUGCUUUUGGCCUUGACCUUCCCUGUUAUUUCUAAUAACUUCAGUCUGUUUUAUACUCACGUCAGGUCCCGAUCGCAAGCACUGAGGCGCGUGGAUAGAGGAGCUAAAGACCCAGAACCCCUUAAACAGAUGCCUGGAACUGAUCGUCCCCCUUCGGUAGCGUCAACUGUGGUAGAGCCGUACAUGAACGGUAACGCUCGAGACAAAGGCAGUGAUAAGACAAGUCCAAUCCUUGUCUCCAGAAUGUCAAGAAACGGGUCCAUCAGCGACGUGAUAAUGAAGAAUAUAGAUUCCUCGUAUAGCCUACAUCAGAAUGGUUCCAUGAAAACACGCUCAGACGACGGAGGAUCGUGUCAAGGGGAGACGCACGUAUGACGCGCUUGUACGUCAGUCGUGACGCGCUGGUUGGAAUUCUUGUGAUAUGGAGUUGUGAGAUGAACCGUUACCUUUUCACGCCUGCAUAACCAACGCUGAGAAUUGUCUACGUUCUGACAGCAGUGUGACAACGUUCGCUGUUUGCCUACUUACAAUUUUUCCACUUUUCUUCUGUGAUUUAUAUGUGAAUUUGAUGCUUUCUGCAGGGCGGAAGGCAACAGCUAGUUGGCUGUACAGAGUUGUCUCAGUACGGGAUAUUUCCGUAUCUUCUUCCACCGUUGGUACUUCACGGGUUAGCAUUAACUGCCUUCCUCCAUCACCCGUGAAUGUAGACAGUAGUUAUGUUUAACAGCCAAUCAAGGAAAAGCUUUGUUCCAGUGAACCAUGUGCUGUUAAGAGUUCACGCCAAGGAGCGUUCGGAUUAUUUCGGUUCUAUUUCUCAUGCAACGUGCGUCUACUUUUCAACGGGUAAUAAAUGAGACUUGCAUAACAGAAUGAAAUGAGCACAAUUCCGUUCAUGACCUUUCGUUAAACUCCAACAUUACCUGAUGUUGAACACUGUUUGGAGCAGAGGUUGCAAGGCCAUGGUGCACGUUGGGGGGGAAUAUUGCCUUCAUGAGCUGAACGCUGAUUGGUCUGACACUCGCCGGCUUCCCUUUCACGGAAAGGGGUUACUUGAUUGGUUGGUUAAAAAUAGAAUUUGAUCCCCACAGCGACUUUACACCUUCUGUGGUGCUGGAGGAAAGCAGUGCAAACAAACCCGUGAAGGGCGUAUUCAUGUUCUCAGAUAACUCGUUCCCUCACUACUCAUUCCUCAGGUUAGACCGAUCUGAUGCAACAUUUUUCAUGAAAGGCGCUUUCCCUAAUACAGCCCCCAAGCAAUAACAGUCCAGCAGAUACACCCAGUCAGCGCCAGUUUAGCAAUAACACUGGAGUUAACGUUUAGAAAUAACUUGAUUAAAGCGAAACCCAUGUCACUACAAAUCAUAUUAGUCAUUUCAGGUCUUCAGACAAUGAGACGUCGUUUUACUGAAAAAUCUCUAAAAUCAUCAACUCAUUACAUAUGAAUGAAUGGAUUUUAUCUAAAAAUGUAUACCCAUUUAGAUAUUAUAUGUAAAUCUGUGACAACAUAGAUUUUGUGAUAUCAAUACAGAUCCUGAUAUUCAAAAAUCAAUAGAUUUGCCGUAUAGCUGCCAUCAAUUUUAGUACCUCGAGUUUAGGUGAUUUGAUAGUUUAAAUAAUUUGGGAUAUGACAAAAUGUACCAUUGAUCUGACUAUAUGCAGAAUAUAUAGUUUAGCAGUGCCUCGUGGUAAACAUUUUCUUAUGUAAAUGAUACUUCGAAUGACAACAAUGUUAGACAAGUCAGUGGGGCGUCAUGUCUUGAAUGUCGUCGUCGUUCUGGAAAGUCCAUUCGACUUUCUCCCGCCGCCCAGAACUCUCCUUCCCACGGUAAACAAUCAAACGUUUUCGUGUCUGAAUUUAUUCCCGACGCUGUGGAGACCUCCAGUUGUGGUGAAGAUAUACUAAUACCAUUUUACCUUGACAAUAAUCCUGGUUGACCAUGUUCACUAAAGCUCCCUCGACAUAAUGAAUGUAUUUGAACACUGGUACCAUGUGUGAUAGAAUAUACAUUGUCAAAAAUUAAGUCAUAUAGUCUUUUUAAUAAUAUCUUUUUUUAAUUUCGCCUGUACGCUUUCUGGUUGUAGUUGGGGAUUAGGAACACAUAGAAGUAUACAGAUCGUCCAAUAACCAUGUUCCCACCUGAAGCGAGAUAGACGAAGGGAGAUAACUCUAAACUGUAACGCUCGCAAAUCCUCACAGCCGAAGACCGCUGUAAAUAUGACUACUACUACUGGUGCAGUAUGUCCUGAAGUGAUAUGAACGAACCAACAUCGGAUCAUAUAUUCACAUUAAAGUAUUAUUUUUAAAUUUUCAAAACUAAUAUCGUUCAUGUAACAUGAUAAGUGUCAGCUUUUUAACAGUAAGACAAGUAAAUCCGCCAAAAGCUGUUUCUAUUAUUUUUUCUGUGGACCAUGGACCAUGUAAGGGUCGAUGGUAAGAAGGCCACUGUUGACGUCACCAAGAGAAGCAUUAACACAUUCAGCCUGGUUCCCGGGGUCUGCUGCGCUAACGCUUCGGCACCGAAGCGUUAGCGCAGCAGACCCCGAGAACCAGGCUAUUACACAUUUAUCCUGAUUGUCUCCCCUUGUUCCAUCCACUUCUUCCACAGGCAUCAUCGGCCGCUGGCGUCCUCUGGCGUCCUCAUGACAUUGUGAUAUUAUGAACAAAUACUCAUGUUAUCAUGUUUGAGUCGCUAUAAUAAUAAUCAUCAUCAUAAUGAACAGAUAUUGAUUACUUUAGUGAGUGAAUGCG